CCAACUUCUUGCGCAUCCCCGAAAUCUUCUGCGAUCCUGUCGGUCAGUAGUCGGAUUACACCGCGUCUUUACUUGUCGCAUGGAGCUUUCAACCUCCACCCAGCAUCCGGCCUUGGCGAUCUUUCCUUUGCUCACGGACAAAGAGUUCGAUUCUGCCUGUGACCAAUUCCUCGGUCGGGUUCACGUGGCAAAUGAGUCUUUGAUGGGGCGGCUGACUUUUCAAUAUGCUCAACGGGCAAUUGGUCCGAUUUUGAGAAUAACACGGCGGAUCUCUCACGUCAGUAUCCCCGCAUACAAUAGUCAAUCCUCGGCGGACGACCCGAUCCGAGAACGGUAUACAGAGGCUUACGAAGAUGACCCUGAAGCUCUCAUCCGUACACCCGAGCCCAGCGUCAGCUUACACGUAGUUUAUGACGUCCUUCUUUCGCCCACCUACCAAGUCCCCGUCCUGUAUUUCAACUUACGGCCGACUGAUCAUCCCGGACCGUUGGGGAUCGACGCAGUUUACCAAUAUUUGGUACCGAGCCAAUACAGAGAGGAACUCCAAAGCGUGGGUGUCAUGGGUGGGAUUAGUCUGGGUUAUCAUCCAGAAUCCGGAACUCCAGCAUUCUUCGUCCACCCGUGCAACACUGCGGAUGUUAUGAGGCAAAUCGCAGGACACCGGCGUGUCACCCCCGAGACGUAUCUCAUCAUUUGGCUCGGAUUAGUCGGAAAUCGGUUGGGUCUUCAGCUGCCAAGGGAUUUCUUCGCGACAGAUGAGUUGCGAGGGAAUUCGAGGUCUUGA